AUGUCUAGCUCUCUCGACCAGCUCAAGGCCUCUGGCACCGUUGUCGUCUGCGACUCUGGUGACUUUGCUACCAUUGACAAGUACAAGCCUCAGGAUGCUACCACCAACCCUUCCCUGAUUCUGGCAGCCUCUAAGAAGGCCGAGUAUGCCAAGCUUAUUGACAACGCUGUCGCCUACGGAAAGGAGCACGCCGAUGGCAAGAGCAUCGACGACCAGGUUGAUGCAGUCCUUGACGCUCUCCUCGUCCAGUUCGGCAAGGAGAUUCUUCAGAUCGUUCCCGGCAAGGUCUCUACCGAGGUUGACGCCAGAUUCUCCUUCGACACCGAUGCCAGUGUCAAGAAGGCCCUCCGUAUCAUCGACCUCUACAAGGAGGCCGGCAUCUCAAAGGACCGCGUCCUCAUCAAGAUUGCCUCGACCUACGAGGGUAUCAAGGCUGCUCACAUUCUGCAGUCCAAGUACGACAUCAACACCAACUUGACUUUGAUGUUCUCCCCUGUCCAGGCCAUCGCUGCCGCUGAGGCCGGUGCUUUCCUCAUCUCUCCCUUCGUUGGCCGUAUCCUUGACUGGUACAAGGCCAACCACAAGAAGGAGUACAAGAAGGAGGAGGACCCCGGUGUCAAGUCCGUUGUUGAGAUCUACAACUACUACAAGAAGUUCGGCUACAAGACCAUUGUUAUGGGUGCUUCUUUCAGAAACACUGGUGAGAUCACUGAGCUCGCUGGCUGCGACUACCUCACCAUCUCCCCCAACCUUCUCGAGGAGCUCUACAACAGCAAGGAGGAGGUUCCCCAGAAGCUCAACGCUUCCAACGCUACCAAGCUCGACCUUCAGAAGAAGUCGUACCUCCACGACGAGCCCGCCUUCCGCUUCGACUUCAACGAGGACCCCAUGGCCGUUCACAAGCUCAGCGAGGGUAUCAGCAAGUUCGCUGCUGACGCUGUCACCCUCAAGGACAUCCUCAAGGAGAAGCUCCAGAAGGCUUAA